AUGGCUAAACUUGUACCGAUGCUCACCGAGUACGAACCCAAAUCGGUGCGUUGUGCCAGUCUCCUAGAGAAACGAAACCCAGACAGCUGCGGCUUCCAGCCUGACUUUGUAGGCUUCAACAUCCCAGACAAAUUUGUGAUCGGCUACUGUCUUGACUACAACGAGAUCUUUCGUGAUCUAGACCACAUUUGUAUCAUUAAUGACGUGGGCAUUGUCAAGUAUGCGUCCAGUUCAUAG